AUGAGUGCUGCUCAGAGUCAGUCAACAUUGCAGGCCAAACUGAAGGCCCUGCAGUGUCACUUCACCUGGGACAUCGACCCCAGCAGGUCCAGACUUUUCCGUUUUAGUGACAAGCUGGAGGACAUCGGCACCGAGGAGGGAAACAGCUGGCUGGGUCACAUUUACAACCUGCAGGGGUACAUUCACUACCAGCUGGGCUUCACUGAAGACGCCCAGCGUUUCUUCAUCAGGGCCACAGAGGCCUUCCGCUGGUCAAGAAACACCGUCUCAGAUGAAGGUCCCUGGUUGGCGGUGAACUACGGGAACCUGGCUUGGCUGCACCACUACCUGGGAGAACAAGCAGAGAGUCAGACUUACCUGUCAAAGGUCGAAACCCUGCUGAAAGAAUACCCAUCUCCAUCCCAGGACGAGCUCCAUCCAGAGAUCUACGCUGAAAAAGCCUGGACCCUGAUGAAGUUCGGCAAAGUCAAAAGGUUGCUGGUUGCAGAUUGCUUCCAGAGAGCCAUCAGGAUGCAGCCCGACAUGGUGGAGUGGAACACCAGCCAUGUCAUAGCAUUAGUGAAUGUUCAAAAGUAUGGCAACACACCAGUGGGGGAAGACAUCCUGGAGGAAAUGAGAAUGGCCAAGGAACAGGAUCCAGAGAACUUGUACCUUGCUGCUCAGUACCUCGAGCAACGUGCUAAGAACAGAGAAAGAAUUGAAGAUGAAGCACGUGAGUUAGCCAGAAAGGUUUUGGAAAAUCCUGUCAGCAGCUACAGUGGUAUCAAAAAGUUAUUAUGGGUUUACAAUAAAUAUGUAUCUGUUGAUGAAGCUAUUGCUCUGGCAGAGGAGGCUCUGGAAAAACAUCCAGAUGAACGUUUCCUGAAGUGGUGUGCUGCACUCUGCUACAAAUGGAGGAUCGUUUUUCACAGCGACAGUCACCUAAAGCAAAGCACGAUAGACAGAGCAAUCAGUCUCCAUAGAGAAGUGAUUUCUCUUUACCCUCAUCCAUCAUCAUCACUUCUGAAGAAAAUAACCCUCGCAAAUAUAUACACAAAGUCAAAUCACAGCCAGAUUGAAGCUGAGCAGAUUUACCAGGAACUGCUAGAAAUGGAUCUGGAACCUUUGGAGAAACAGAUGCUUUACCACUACUACGCAAUUUAUUUACACCACAUUUCGAUAGAAUAUCACAAGAAAGUGGCAGCGAUACCAAAACAAUCCCACUUUCAAGGAAAGAGCAUCAGAAUUCUGGAGAAGAUUAAAGAACGAAACAAGAACCAAAUGUGUUGA